AUGUCUUCUGUUUAACACUACUUAUUGAGAAAGUCUAUAACUUUAAACAAAAACGCAAACAUCUUUAUGACUUAACAAGAGAUUGACGAAUAGCGAUUAUAUAGAAAUGGAAAGAUAGUUCCGUAUUAUAUAGUUGGUAAACCGGAAAUCAUGGAUAAAAAAUUAAACAAUCCUUAACCUACAGAAGAUUCAUCGAUGAAUAUAAAAAUCAAGCCCAUAAGUUACAAAGAAUAUAAAUCCAAGGUUUCACAAAAACAACAAAAUAAUCAAGUAGAAGAGGAUUAAUUCAUUGAGUUUGAUAUGGAACUUGGCUAGGUUGAAAAUGAAAUUCGAUAAGUGCAUAUCUAAUAAAAAAUGAACCAAUUUAAACUCCCUUUAUCAAAAUUAAGUCAAGCAGAUCUGGCUGCUGCUGAGAAAGAUGAUAGAAUCAUGAAAUCUUUUGAAUAACAAUAAAUAGAUUGGCAACAAAGAGUGAUAAAGUCAGCUUAAAGAUGUAAAAGACACGUUUCCUAAUCAAUUUAUAAUAAAAUUUAGGCAGAAAGAGAAAGGAAUGAGGAUAGAAAGCUUUUGGAUUUAAUAUAAACUGAUGCAGAAAGGCACGGAAAUAAGUUAUGGGAAAGAUAAUUAAGAUCGAGUUCAGAAGUAUUGGAAACCAACUAAAAAAUAAGGGCAAAAGGUUUGGAAAUCAUAAAAUAGAUGAACAACUCAGGUGUUUAUAAGAGACCCAAGAGUUUUGUCUAAAGAUUUGAAGAAAGGUAGGACAGGGUGAAUGAAUUGACAGCUCAAGGAAAUUCAAUCCAAAAUCUAUAAAUAGAAGGAUUGAGUCAAUUGGCUCGAGAGACAUCGAGUUUAUGUAAAAUAAUCAAUGAUUAGAAGGAGUUCUAAUUAAUUAAAAAUAGUACAUCAAAUAACUAAAUGCCUAAUACGAAAAGAAAACACAAGGGACCCUUCAAGAAGCUAGUUCCUGUCGAAAACUUAAAUCAUUCCCAGGAAAUCCUAGCAGUUAACUAUGAUAAAUAAAUUUUGAGAUAAUAAGGAAAAUUGGAAAUUUAUAAAUAAUUUUUCUGA